UUCUGAGAGGUGGAGUGUUGCUCGUGUGCAAGUUAAGGUGUGCGGUAGACUACGUAUUAAAAUCAUAGAAGUGGUAAAAUUUGGUAUUAAUUACAAAGCUUAAUCCUUUCAGAACAUUUCUACUACCAAAUUGAGAUACCAAUCAUAUUGAAAUAAAGAUUUCAAGCAGGAUGGAUUAUUCGAAGUUUGAGAAACUAACGAUUUCUGACGACGAGGAUGAAACAAAUAUUUUUGUGGAUCUCAUUAAAAAAGAAAAGGCUAAAGUGCUGGACUUAUAUGACAAAUCAGUUGAUAUUUAUGAGCGUUUGGUUAUAAUAAAACUUGAAGUUGCAAAGUUUGAAACGAUUCUAUGUGAACUAUAUAAACGCCCGUAUAUCGAUGGUAAUGCCCAAUUGAAAAUUGAGAAACAUUGCAGUAAAAUUGAAAAGCUCGAAAAAGAAAUAAAAGCUAAAGUUUCAGCAUUGUCCUUUGAAUUGGUAGUGACAAGCGGUGUUAUAUUAUAUGACAUGCCACUGAAAAGUGCAUCUCAUUAUGAAGUGUUUGCGAUGCUCAGUGAUGAGUACAAUCAAAAAGUACAAGAUUUCGCUAAAAAUAAUGCAAAGUUGUGCCAGGAAUAUAGUUCCUUGUCCUCUUUAACUGAAACUGGACGAUUUUUUCAUGCUCAUCCACAGAUUGUAUGUAGUGAGGCAACAAGUUAUAUGUUGACUUGGAUUUUCAAAGUUCGCGCAACUAAAGACGUUGCCAAAACACGCAGAGCAAUUUUUCAGUUCUUAGUUUUGGAAUACUUACUGACUAUGAGUGAGGAAACUCCAGUUGUAAACCCAAAACGAUUGGUAGAUCAAUGCUUAAGCGACAUAUAUAAUGCAAUCAAAUUCCUUCAAAAGGUUGAAGAAUUUAAUAAGACAUUGACUUUCUUUGAGGGUUUUAUGAUUUCUGAUCAUGAUUAUUUCUAUAUAGAAGUUGCAUGUCAUAGUAGUUUAAUUACUCAGUUUUUAAAAGUGCCGCCAACAGAGGCUUCCAAAACUCAUUUCUUAAAUGACAUGAAGUUACGCCGUUUUUUUUCCGACAAACCUCUGUUUUCACAUGUAGGAAUGAAAUCGAAUUCAACUGAUAAUGGAAGCUGGAAGAAUGCAGAUGAGAACGAAGAAAAUGUUGUGGAAGAAGAAACUAUUGUGAAUGACGCAAAUGUUGUUAAAGAAGAAAAUGUUAUGAAAAAGAAAAUUAUUGAGAAAGAGGAAAAAAUUCAGAAAGAAGAGAUAAAACAAAAAAAGGGAAAGUCGCCGAAAAAAAAAACAUACAAAAGAUUUAUAAAUAAAAAAAAGUAUUAAAUUUAUAAAUAAAAAAAGUACAAACUUUAUACAAAAAAAA